UAUUCAUAGUUUCUUAUCAUAAUUCAUAUCCUCUUAUACCAUGUCUUAAUUCAUUAUAUUUUCUACUUUUUCCAUCAACCAUUCUUUUAUUCAUCUCAUCAUUUUUUCAUCUUCAGAUCUUUAAACAAAUUUACAAGUAUCAACUUUCAAUGGUUUGAUUUUUUUUUGUAUUUUGUGACGUCAGUCUUGUACCAUCUAUUAUAUGCUACCCAGACAACAUCUAUCUAUAAAAGGCCACAAGACGAGUAAGCAAGUGUAACCUAGUGCACUAAAACAGAUCAAGCGAUAGAAAUAGGCUGUGAGCUGGAGAUUAAACAGCAAGCCUUAUUUAACUUCUAAACACAGUUUCCAACUUAAACAUUAGAGUAACGUGACACAAUACAAAAUGCACGUUGAAGUUUCUGUCGCUCUCAACUUUGUGAUAUCGUAUCUGUACAGUAAAUUACCUCGCCGUAGAGUAGAUAUGUUAGCCGACGAACUCGAGAAGGGACUUAAGAAAAAGUUUGAGGGGCAUUGGUACCCAGAUACGCCUUGCAAAGGUUCAGGUUUUCGAUGCGUAAAAGUAAAUGGCGAAAAAGUGGAUCCGGUCAUUCUUAUGGCCGCAUACAACGUUGGACUUGACACAGAUGAGAUUAAAAAUGCUUUGCCCGCUGAGCUGACCGUAUGGAUCGAUCCUUCAGAGGUUUCUUACAGAAUUGGAGAAAAGGGAACCAUCAAGAUAUUAUACAGUGAAAAACGUCAAGAUGAAGAAGUGAUUGAUUCUAUUGACUGUGAAGUGUCGAUUGCCAGUAAAAGCUUCAACCCAGAAGCCCAAUGUUUCAAGCCCAUUGAUUCAUUGUCGUCAUCACUAAGUAAUCUUAGUUUAUCACCGUCAUCACCCAACUCAUCCGGAGGCUGGAGCGCCUCCACCUCACCGUCACUCAGCCUCUUUAAUUCGGCUUUACCAGUACAGAAUCCCCCUGCUGCUCCUACUUUUAAUCUUCAUAAAGAACGCGUCACACCCAAAUUCACUGCUGCAUCUUUUGCUGCGACCAAAUUUGGUUCUACAAAGCCUAAAACACACGUGAAGAGACCCACUCGUCUUUCGCCCACCGAAUUUGGUAACUUCUUCCGCCAGAGAUCCACCCCGGGAGAAUUUAUGCCUCAGCCCCAGAGACCCAGAUCCUUAUCUCCUCGAGAUCCUCGAGUGGAAUUCAUGAUCGACCAACAACAACGCAUGAUCAUGACGCAGAAUCGCCAACAGCUACACCCCUUCUCAGCUCAGUCACCCACAGCCAGUGGUGCUGGAUUCCUCAAUGAUUUCUACCAGCACCCAUCUCCAAGCCACUUGUCACCACAGACAGGGAUGAGUCCUAACAUGCCCGAUGUGUUCUCGAGUCAUUCACCCACCAACUCGCUCUCACCAGACGCUCCAAAAAAUUUCAUUGAUGGAUUUAAUCUCAACACUGUCGCGUAUCAAAAUCAUCUUCAACAGUUGCUGCUGGCUAAUUGAAUUGAUGACGUCUAAAGACUACGCGAGAGACGGUGUUCCUUUUUAGCCCUUUUGCAGAGUUAUUUAUUUUUAUAUAGCUAUCGAUUAUUGAUUUAUUGAUUUAAUAUCUUUAAAAUAAAAACGUAAAUCCAUAUCAUUAUAAAGAAAAAAAAGGAAAUGAUUAUUUUUAUAUAGACUUCUGUGUUUUUUGUACGUGACUGAUUUUGUUUCCAUUCUCAAUAAUAUUAUGUUGUAAUUGGAGAUGUGCCGAUCUCAAAGUAUGGACCACUUGUUGAUUCUACGAUACGUGAAGAGCAAUAACAUGGCUCAAGUUGUUUAGUGGUUUAAACUGACUCUUCAAUAACUCUUGAAGAGAUAACUUUUGCCAAAAAUAUAAGAGGACUUUGAGCAGCUAUGGUGCUACGAUGACGACAACAAGAAUUGUGUUCAUCUUAUCGUCGAAUGUAUUUUGUGCGCAGCUUUCAGCAGGACGACAGUGACCUGGUGUCGAAUUGGAUAAGUUCAUUAUAGAAAUAAUUUGAAAUCUUCUCUUAUUAGUUUACACAUAAUUCUUUUUUUUUGAUCAUAUAUUAUAUUUCUGUGUUAAUGUAUGUACAAAAAUUUGCUUCAAUCUUUGUUGUUUCAUAAUAUAUACCUAUGACUAUAUAUAUUAUUUUGUGUAGGGAUUCUCUGAUUUUUGUUUUUGCAAAUUUCUCAUAUCUGCAUCAGGGCUAUGUUUUAAAAGUAAUAACAAUAAUAUUCAACGUAUGUUUCACUUUUGACGCAGCACGAGUCGUGCGAGGCCAACACUAGUAUUGGGUGCACAAGAGUUGAAUUUCUCACUGCUCCCUUUAUAAUAAAAAUAGCCCAAGAGUCACCAUCUCUAAAAUCUGGAUUAUGGAACGAGACACAUUUUUGAGAAUACAUAUUGCCAUGUAAAUAUUGUUUAUUGUUUGUCUGGCACCAUGGUAUUCAUACCUAUUAAGACUGCAUUAUUAAUACAAUAAACGCUCCACAUCAAUCAAUACGUUCAUCACAUCAGCUUAAUUUGUCAGUAUUAUUUUCGUAUCUGUAGUCGUCAAUUCACGGUAGUGGUUAAGUAUACUUUAAAUGUUUUCUAUCUAAAUUUCUCUAAAAAAACAACAACAUCUAUUUGGAUAGAUAGAUACUUCGAUCAGAAGCGUGGACGAUGGUUCAUUUCUUGAAAAUAUUGUCUGCAGGCAUGAAGGCUCGUACUCCCGAUCAUGUUAAGAUCGUUCUGGCGCGCAGCCAUCUUUGAAAAAAAGAAUUAUAAGACAAAAUGUCCUUAGUGAUUUUGCCCUCUAGUACACUACUCUUGCCUUUUGAUUCUACUCAAAAUCUUCACUUGUUUAAUUUGUUCACUCUUGUGCAUUUAAACAGAUUGUUUUUUUCUAUAUGAUGUAUGAAUUAAUUUGUUGACUUUUAGAAUUUUAGUUUUGUGAGACGCAGUUUUAAGGAGCUCGUGUCUUUCACAGAAUAAUUUUUUUGAGUAUUUCUCUAGUCCUUGUAUUAUAUUAAACAUAGAUAUAUUUCUUAUUUAAUUUAAGAAAAAAAGACAAAUUUGUUGUAUUACUGUUUUCCUCAAAUAAUUUUAUACGGUGUUAAAAAGAUAUAAAAAAAAAAUAACAGAGAAAUAUAUUAAUAUAUAUAUUCGUAAGUCUUUUUAAAUAGUUAUUAUAUAUAUAUUAUACAUAUAUUAAAUGUUAAUCGGGUACAUAUUAUAAAAGUUAAAUGGUUUUUAUCUUUUUCUACUAUAUUUGAAUCCUUAACGGAGAUAAUAUGAUAAUUUUGUAUUUCCUACCUAUAUCAUAUUGUUGGCUGUAUGUAUAUAUAAGUAAUAGAAUUAGUUUAUUUCAUGAUACAUAUAUAAUAUUAUCCUGACUUCCUCUAAGAUGGCCACAUGGUUGAUUUUUUCUAUUAUUGCGUGCAAUAUGUUAAAAAAAAAAAACGAUGAAAGACAACUAUUUGUAGUUUAUUGUCUUCUAUUUGAGAAGAAAUCUCGUCAUUCGUAAUGUUUAUAUUGUUACAUAUUUUUAAGUUUGUAAUAAAAAAUAAAUUUUGACAUACAAAAAUAAA